AGGUUCUUGUCCAUCCACUUGAGAUGACUCCAGGAGAUCAGGUGAUGGUGAACAAGCUCCUACCAGCCAGGCCUCAGGAGCCUGAGCUGAAUCCUCGGUGACAGAUUUCAUAUACUUCGUAGUCUGGAGUCAAGCACUGUAUCUGUGAUGUUUGAGGAUGUAGCUAUCUACCUCACCCAGGAUGAAUGGGGCCAUCUAGGACCUGCUCAGAGGGGUCUCUACAAGGAUGUGAUGAUGAGAAUUAUGAAAACCUCAUCUCAUUAGGAUUUCCAGGGUCCAAACCCAAAGUAAUCUCUCAACUGGAAAAAGGGGAGGAGCCAUGGAUCCUGGACAUGAAGAGAACUGAGAAAAGAGAGAUCCUGAAAGGUGUCUACCCAUAUGAUGAGACAAGAUCAAGAAACAAUGAACUUCCUCCAAAUCAAGGAAUUUAUGAGAAAGUAGAAUCUCAGUACAUGAUCUUAGAAAUACUCAGAGGGAAUAUUCCUUAGUUCCUCAAGUUCAGAGAAGUAUAUAAAUAUGAGUGCAGGAUAGAGCAACACCAAAGAGAAACUGUUGAAGAGAAACAGAGGAAAUCCUGUUCUUUGGUGAGAAAUUUUAGGCCUGUGACAAUAAUUCAGAAUGAAAACUCAUUAGAGCAGAGAACACAAGUAAAUACCAAAUUUGGGAGAAGCUUAAAUUUGUGCUCAAAUCCUAAUGGACAUCGGAGAGUUCCUGCAGAAUAAAUACCUUAUAAAUGUGAUACAUGUGGCCAAGGCUUCAAACAGAAUUCAGGUCUAAUUAAACAUCGAAGAAUCCAUACAGGGAAGAAACUUUGUAAAGCUAAUGUAUUUAGGAAAAUGUUCAGGCAGAAUUCAGUCCUUCCUGGAAAACAGAAAACUUAUAAUGAUGAGAAGUCUUCUGAAUAUAAUGAAUUUGAGAAAACCCUUAGUCAAAGAUCAACAUUUACAAAACAUGAAAAACCAGUUGCUAGAAACAAACCCUAUGAAUGUAAUGAAUGUGGCAAAGCUUUUAGCCAGAGUGCACACCUUAUCCAACAUCAAAGAAUUCACACUGGAGAGAAACCUUAUGAAUGCAAAGAAUGUGAGAAAACUUUCAGUCAGAGAUCAACCCUCAUUAAGCAUGAGAGAACACAUAAUGGAGAGAAACCCUAUGAAUGUAAUGAAUGUGGGAAAAACUUCUGUCAAAACUCUCAUCUUAUUUAUCAUCAAAGAAUUCACACUAGAGAGAAACCCUAUCAGUGUAAUGAAUGUGGGAAAGCAUUUAGUGCUUGUUCUUCCCUUAUUCAACAUCAUAGAGUUCAUACUGGACAGAAACCCUAUGACUGCAAUGACUGUGGGAAAACCUUUAGUCAAAGCUCUAACCUCAUUCAACAUCAGAAAACACAUAAAGGAGAGAAACGUCAAGAGAAAUGUUAUGAAUGUAUUGUAUGUGAGAAAGUUUUUAGCACACACUCGUCUUUUAUUCAUCAUCAAAAAAUUCAUACUGGAAAGAAACCAUAUGAGUGUGGCCAAUGUGGGAAAGCUUUCCGUCAAAGAACUCACCUUAUCACACAUCAGAGAAUUCAUACUGGAGAGAAACCCUAUAGCUGUAAUGAAUGUGGAAAAGCUUUCAGUCAGAGCUCUCAACUUAUUCAACAUCAGAUAAUUCAUACAAGAGAUAAACCUUAUGUGUGUAAUGAAUGUGGAAAAACCUUCAGUGCUCAUUCUUACCUUAUUAGACAUCAAAGAAUUCAUACUGGAGUGAAACCUUAUGAGUGUAUUGAAUGUGGGAAAACUUUUAGCCAGAGAAUAACUCUUAUUGUUCAUGAGAGAAUUCACACCAGAGAGAAACCUUAUGAAUGUGACACAUGUGGAAAAUCCUUCAGUGCUCCAUCAUCUUUUAUUCCACAUUGCAGAAUUCACACUGGAGAUAAACCUUAUGAAUGUAGUGAAUGUGGCAAAACCUUCCGACAAAGCUCUCAACUUAUUACACACAAGAGAAUUCACACUGGAGAUAAACCUUAUGAGUGUGAUGAAUGUGGAAAAUCUUUCAGUGCAUGGUCAUAUCUUAUUCAGCAUCAGAGAAUUCAUACUACAGGGAAAUCCCAUCAAUGUAAGGAAUGUGGGAAAGCCUUCAGUACACACUCCUAUCUUAUUUUACAUUAUAAAAUUCAUACUAUAGGGAAGCCCUAUGAGUGUGAUGAAUGUGGUAAAGCCUUCAAUACACGUUCAGAUCUGAUUCCACAUCAAAGAAUUCAUACUGGAGAGAAGCCUUGUACAUGUAAUGAAUGUGGGAAAGUAUUCAGUCAGCACUCUAACCUUGCUAAGCACCAGAGAAUUCACACAGGAGAGAAACCUUAUGGGUGUAAUGAGUGUGGGACAGCCUUUGACCAGCUCUCUAGCUUUAUUCAGCAUCAGAGAAUUCAAACUGCAGAGAAAUCAUAUAUGUGUAGCGAUUGUGGGAAAGCUUUCAGCCAGAGUUCCAACUUGCUUAAACAUCAAAGAAUUCAUGCUGUGGAGAAAUUCUGCAACCAAGCAGUCAUUUCAUGAUUUUGUUUUUUAAAUUCAGUCCUCAAGUUGGUGUGUUUGCUUUUCAAAUGUCUUCCCUUACAAUUUAUUUACAGUAGAUUGCCAGCAUUUGGUUGUUGGGUGUCUUGUCAUGUUGAUAAAGAUCUCCUCGAGAUGAUUCAGAGGUCUCUCACCAACCUUCAU